AAUAAAAAACAUAAAACUAGUAUUUGGUUCCGGAAGGUCCAGGAGGAAAAAGUCACUGGGACUGGGAGUGAUUUGAAUCGAGUUGCAUUUUGAUCGAGGAACAUACCAAAAAAUUGAAACGAUAACAUUUGAGAAGAAUUUGUGAACCAUAUUCCAUCACAUUAUCACAAUUAAUGCACUUAAUUACUGCUUCGAAGAUUCUAUUUAAGCUCUAGGUAAAAUUUGUUGAAUGGAGGUUACUUUAAGGGAGAAGGAAGCAGAUGAUUGGGUUUACAGAGGCGAAGGAGCUGCUAAUCUUGUUCUCGCUUACAUUGGAUCAUGUCCUGCAUUUUUUAGGAAAGUGAUGCGAAUCCGUAAGGCUCCUAGGAAUGAUUCAGUGACAGAGAUUAGGACCAGCCCUUCUGCUUUGACUGCUCAUGAACGCCUUCUAUGGAAAGAUGUUGAUGAACUCAUUGCAUCUUCUGACCAUGAAGUUUCUAGCCAAUUAUUUGUUCUUCAUGUUAUGAAGCCAUUGCUUGGUUCCAAAUAUGUUGAUGCUGGGAUGCAUGUCAAAGUCUCAAGGGGAUUUCUUGAAUCGAUUGAAAAGAAUGUUAUUUGUCAACGUCCUGCUGGGAGAGUUGAUACUGCCCAGCUCGACAUGCAUUGUGAUUAUGUGCUUCUCAUGUCAGAUCAUUCAAUAUUUACCCAUGGAAAUCUUGAAUCCAGCCCCUGCAUAUCUGUUGAGAUAAAGCCCAAAUGCGGAUUUCUUCCUGUUUCAAGAUUCGUAUCUGAAGAAACUGCUAUAAAAAAGAGGGUAACUCGCUUUGAAAUGCACCAAGCCCUGAAAUUACAUCAAGGAGAGAUAUCACUGCUAAGUGAAUACAAUCCACUUGAUCUGUUCUCUGGUUCCAAGGAAAGAAUUCAUAAAGCUAUCAACGAUCUAUUUACUACGCCUCAAAACAAUUUCCGUGUAUUUAUGAAUGGGUCUCUCAUAUUUGGUGGGCUUGGAGGUGGCGCAGAAGAUACAAAUCUUUGUAUUGCGAAGGCAUUUGAAGGCGCACUUAUGUCUAUCAUUCAAGCUGAUGAUGGUUUAUGUACAGAGAACUUCCUCACUCUUGUUGCCGAGGCCGCACAUAAAUCAGGAGUCCUUGAUCGGCUCUUGGAGGUUCAAAAGCUUGAUGAUGUUGACAUAGAGGGAGCCAUCCAUGCUUAUUAUGAUAUUACUCGUCAGCAGUGCAUGGUGUGUACGGAGUUGAAUGAAGAACAAAUGAAAGUGUAUACCCCUUUGCAUUCCGUGUCGUUGGAUGAAAGCUUAAGAGUUGUAAAGGACUACCUGAUAGCAGCAACUGUGAAAGACUGCAGUCUGAUGAUAUGUUUUAGACCAAGGAAAGAGGGGGAUUUGGGAUCCGUAUGCAAUAAUAUAUAUCUUGAGUCAACCAAGCAAACAUUUGAUUUCAAGGUGUAUUUUAUCGACUUGGAUAUGAAGCGAAUGAGUAAAAUGGAAGAAUAUUAUGAAUUAGAUAAGAAGAUAGUGAGCUGCUACAGUGAAAUGAUCAAAAUGGAUCAAGGACGAACUGAAGUCAAAAACCAAUAAAAAUCUUAAUUGCAUAUUGAGGUCUAAUUAGACGGCAUUGGAGGAAGAUGUGUCUUGUAAUACAGUAAGAAGUACUGAGAAUUUGGCAGAGCAAAGCCUAUAUUUGACCGUGACUUCAGCUCAGAUUUGGGUUUUCCUUUGGUCAGCCUAGUUUGGCCGUGGCGUGACUGAUGAUCUGUCUGUGCCGUACAAUGAACUCUCAAUCUGUUACGAGAGACUCUGACGUCAGCAAAACUGCGCUGUUCAAGAUGCAGGCAAAAGGCGAUGAAGUUAAUAUCAAUUUGUAAAAGGUACUGCUUAAGGUGACAAUGAUUGGUGAAACUGACAUCAUGAGGGUCAUCAAUGUGUGAAUAUUUCAAAUAAUCGGCAAGAAUUGAGUUGACUAGAGGGACUCCUAAGGAAAAGUUGAGAGGUGAGAAAAAAGAAGACACUCUUCCUAAUCCUCCAUGUUAAAGAUAUGAUCUUAUGAUAUGCUAUUGUUGAAUAUGUUUGUUCCAUUAUGUUAUUAACUCGGUCCUUGUGCCAUUUUGUACCAUUAUCCAUCUGUCAAGCAAAAUAAUGUAUAUGUUAUGUGAUAGUAUUUUUGUGUUAUUUAGUCUAACGAUUUCAUUGAUCCAUUGCUAAGUUAAAACAGCAUGGAUGUAAUAUUAUUCAAUACCCGAACACAUUCAAAUGAAGAAGUUUGUAUUGGAAACAGA